AUGGUCCUCAAGAAUCGAGUACAUGACGAUAGUCGUCCAUCUUUUCAGAGAAACACCCUCUCCUACGUACCGCUCAAUGGAGAGCCAGGGGCGGACAACACAACCCGCACGAGGCAAGGCCCAUCGACUCAGAAGAACUGGUCAGGGACACUUGGUCGUGCAUUACCCAUGAUCCAAGGUAUUCAACUUGUCCCAACCUCUGCACUGCCAGAUAAAUUGCGUUCCAUCUUCGGCUUCGAAACAUUCAAUGCAGUGCAGUCCAAAUGCUUUCCAACGGCUUUUGAGACAGACGACAAUCUAGUGCUAUCUGCACCCACUGGAAGCGGUAAAACUGUCAUCAUGGAACUCGCCAUUUGCCGAAUCCUUUCGCUGCCAAAGACUUCAGAUUUCAAAGUCGUGUACCUGGCCCCGACAAAGUCACUGUGCGCCGAAAGAAACAGGGACUGGCAACUGAAAUUCCGUGCUUUGGACAUCCAGUGUUCUGAACUUACUGGUGACACAGAGUUUGCUCAGCUUCGCAAUGUGCAAAAUGCAAAUGUGAUCAUCACGACCCCAGAAAAGUGGGACAGUAUCACUCGCAAAUGGAAAGACCAUGCUAAGCUCAUUAAGCUUGUAAAGCUCUUCCUUGUCGAUGAAGUUCAUAUUCUCAAAGAGAGUCGGGGCGCUACAUUGGAAGCUGUCAUCUCGCGUAUGAGGUCGAUGGGCCCCAAUAUCAGAUUCGUUGCUUUAUCAGCAACGGUGCCAAACUCGGAUGAUAUUGCAACCUGGUUGGGCAGGAAUUCUUCCUCGCCAGACUUACCAGCUUCCAGAGAGGUUUUCGGGGAGUCUUUCCGCCCAGUCGAGCUCCACAAGAAGGUGUAUGGAUUUGAGUCAAAGGCAAAUGACUUCGCCUUUGAGUCCAUGUUGACCAAGCAGUAA